GGAAAACAGCUGCGGAGAAAUUAAUAAAUUUGCAGAGUAAAUUUUGUCCUUACAUACAGCCUGUGGUUUGGAGUAGAAAUUAAAUUAGCGCCAUUUUGACAUGUAAAUAUCAAGUGGUGGAAAUUGGCAGCAAAAAUAACAUGAGGGUCUUCAUAUUUCUCGCUUGGGAAAACUCUUCCUGACCAUCAGUCCAGUCCAGGGACUAAUUUUGAAUGAUAGAGGUUCAGGGGUCAAAAGCAUAUAAAUAUCUGACUGCUCUUUGCCUCUAUUUUCAAACAUUGAAAAAACUACGAGCCUCAACUGACUCAGAUUCCAGAUAUUAAAAAAGUAUUAAUGGGAGACACAGAAGAGAAACAUGAAAACAAAAGUGAAGUUGAAAAGAAGGAAAAGAAAGAAAAGAAAGAGAAGUGUGAUGACAAGGAAGAGAAAGGAGGAGAUCAGGAAAAAAAGAAAGAUAAAAAGGAUAAGGAAGGUAAAGAUAAUAAGGAAGACAAAGAAGGUGGAAAGGAGAAGAAGAAAAAGAAUCCGGAAGAUAAGAAAGAUCCUGCAAAGCUAAGGCAAAAGCUUGAGAAGAUUGAGACCAAAAUCCAAGAUUUAGUGGCAAAGAAAGAAGAAAUUUUGAAACUCAUUCAUGAAGCUGAGCAAGCUGCUAAGAAUCCAACCACUUGAGGAAACAGGGCCUCAAUGUGUAUGUGUAUGUAUACAUAUAUAUUUUGGUAAUGGGCCUGACUGUAUAUGAUCAGCUGGAAGACACAAAUUUUUGUGUGCUUGGUACUGAAUUAAGGUUUUGUUGUAAAUGUAAAAUAAUACUUGUAAAUUUUUAUUAUUUAUUUAUUUAUUUAUUAUUAUUAUUA